GCUCCGAUUGCCAGCACCAGGCGGUUUGUGAGGGGUGCCAACGACCCAUCUCUGACCGCUUCCUGAUGCGGGUCAACGAGUCCUCCUGGCAUGAAGAAUGCUUGCAGUGCGCCGUCUGCCACCAGGCACUGACCACCAGCUGUUACUUCCGAGACCGCAAACUUUACUGCAAGCAAGACUAUCAACAAUUGUUUGCUGCCAAAUGCAGUGGGUGCAUGGAGAAGAUCGCCCCGACGGAAUUCGUCAUGCGGGCACUGGAGUGCGUUUACCACUUGAGCUGCUUCUGUUGUUGUGUCUGUGAGCGGCAACUAAGAAAAGGGGAUGAGUUUGUCUUGAAGGAAGGGCAACUUCUAUGCAAAAGUGACUAUGAGAAGGAGAAAGAUCUGCUCAGCUCCGUCAGUCCGGAUGACUCCGAUUCAGUGAAAAGUGAUGAUGAGGAUGGGGACAUCAAACCGACUAAAGGACAAGUGAACCCGGGGAAGGGUGGUGAUGACGGAAAAGAUCCAAGGAGGCCAAAACGGCCACGGACGAUACUCACAACGCAGCAGAGAAGAGCAUUCAAAGCCUCCUUUGAAGUCUCCUCCAAGCCUUGUAGGAAGGUGAGGGAGACUCUGGCAGCUGAAACAGGUCUCAGCGUUCGAGUAGUGCAGGUCUGGUUUCAGAAUCAAAGAGCGAAGAUGAAGAAGCUGGCUCGGCGGCAUCAGCAGCAGCAGGAGCAGCAAAAUUCGCAACGGCUCGGCCAAGAAGUAAUGUCAAACCGAAUGGAAGGGAUAAUGACGUCUUACACACCACUUGCGCCACCACAACAACAGAUUGUAGCAAUGGACCAGAGCAACUAUGCCACUGACCCUUUCCAGCAAGGUCUCACCCCACCACAAAUGCCAGGUGACCACAUGAAUCCUUAUGGAAACGACUCCAUUUUUCAUGACAUCGACAGCGAUACUUCUUUAACGAGUUUGAGUGACUGUUUCCUGGCUUCCUCAGAAGUAAACUCCAUGCAGGCAAGGGUAGGAAAUCCCAUUGACAGGCUCUAUUCUAUGCAGAGUUCCUAUUUUGCCUCAUGA